AAGAUCAUUGCUUUCUCACGCCAACUGCUUCCGCCGAAGCCAAGAGUACCAAUACCAAACAACUGAGGGAUCCUUCGUACCAUGUCGGAAGACGAAGCCAUGUGGAUUGACGUUUCCAAGGCUCAAGAUGGAGGCGUCAAGAAAAAGAUCCUGCAGGAGGCACCGGACGGUGCGACGGGACCGCCUCCCGACGGUUACGAAGUCACGGCCCAUUACACGGGUACCUUGACCUCGGACGGGUCCAAGUUCGACAGUAGCGUGGAUCGCGGUAAACCUUUCAACUUUACAAUUGGACAGGGACAGGUCAUCAAGGGAUGGGACGAGGGCUUUGCGUCCAUGAAGGUGGGCGAAAAGGCCAUGCUAGAGAUUCGCUCGGACUACGGCUACGGCGACUCGGGCUCACCACCCAAGAUCCCCGGAGGGGCGACGCUCAACUUCGAAGUCGAGUUGCUCGGACUCAAAGAAAAACGCAAGGAAAAAUGGGAAAUGAGUACGCAGGAAAGAUUGGAAGUGGCCAAUAAGCUCAAGACGGAAGGAACAGAGCUCUUUCAACAACAAAAAUUCAAGGAUGCGGUUGCACUGUACGAAGACGCGGCAUCGUACGCCGUAGACGAAGGUAUCUCGGGAAACGACGUCCCAGACGAAGAAAGACCUCUGUAUGUGAGUUGUUGGUCCAAUGCGGCUUUUUGUUACAUCAAGUUGAAAGAUUGGCCCGAGGCCACUCGCUCCUGCAAUAAUGUUUUGGAAAUCGACACAGAACUAGCGUCAAAUGUAAAAGCAUUGUAUCGCCGUGGAUUAGCGCGAAUGAAGCUAGGUCUCUUGAAGGAAGCUAAGGAAGAUUUGAUGGCUGCUUACAAGAUCGACGCAGUGAACAAAGAUGUGCGCAAAGCACUAACUCAGCUGAAGGAAGCGGUCGCGGAGAGCAAAAGGAAGGAAAAAGCUGCCUUUGGAGGAUUUUUCAACAAAGUCGAUUUCUACGAUGACAAGAAAGGUCCGCUUAUCCCCAACGCCAAAGGAGAUAACCCGCACGUCUUCUUUCAGAUUAAACAAGGGGAAGAAGAUCUUGGUCGCGUUGUGAUGCAACUAUACAGAGAUAUUACUCCCAAGACGUCCGAGAAUUUCCGAUGCUUGUGUACGGGAGAAAAGGGUGUCGGAAAAUCCGAUAAGCCACUGUAUUUCAAGGGGUCAACAUUCCAUCGCGUCAUUAAAGAUUUUAUGAUCCAAGGAGGAGACUUUACUGCUGGAAACGGUACAGGUGGUGAAUCAAUUUAUGGCGAAAAGUUUGACGACGAGAACUUUGUCAUUAAGCACACAUCUGGUGGGCUAUUGUCGAUGGCAAACUCCGGUCCGGGUACAAAUGGUAGUCAGUUCUUUAUCACGUGUAAGGAGACUCCCCACCUCGACAAUAAGCAUGUCGUUUUUGGACACGUUGUCGAGGGCAUGGAAGUCAUCCAGAAGAUCGAAAACACUCCAACUGGAGCCAGCGAUAAGCCAGUCACGGAGGUUACCAUUGAAGAUUGCGGUGAAAUGCCCGCGGACUAUCGCCCUUAGCCUGUGGCAGAUUUAGAAUAGGAAGAGUU